AUGUUGGGGUUCCACUAUCUCGCUCCAACACUGACGGUCGGAUGUUUGCUUUUCGGCAUUCUUUGCGCCGUUGGGCAUCACUACUUCUACCUUAGCCUUGAUGGCAGGCCCGCGCCAACAUUGUUCGACAACAUGAAGAUCGCCGGGAUGGAGGUCUCCCAUCAGCAGUUCAAUACGGCGAUCGGCACGACCUUUGCAUUUCUCGUCCGGUCCCUUCUAGGCUUUGCAAUUUCGUUGUCUUACUUCCAGCUGGUUAUGCGGGCUAUGAUGGGAUCGGGCGACACGCGAACUAAAGUCGGACAUCUUGAUGUCCUCUUCUCUGCGCUAGAAAACAUCUUUACCCUUGGACAUCCUGCUUUGUGGCGGCAACGUCCGCUACUCUUCGUUGUAGCCGCUGUAGCUUGGUUCCUUCCCCUGGCUUCGAUCAUUACGCCAGCAACACUGUCAGUCGGUACCGCAUUUCCGCCUUCGCAACUCCUCGAUGUGCCUCACAUCGGGCUCGCCAGUCUGAACAUGUUGUCGGACAUGUUCCGCGUGGCCAACUCGACCCUGGAAAAUCAGCUCUUCUAUUACAAUGGCCCAAGCAGUGCUGUCAGGCGGAUCGUAUUUGCCACUGCUGCUCAGGGCGCAAUCUUACCCGUCCAAGCACCCGCUGCAAACUCUUCUUGGAGCUUCACGUUUGCCGCGCCAGUCUUGCAAUGCCGUGAUCUUACGUCGACAACAAAGCGAGCCAUUGGAGCGAGCAUGCUGGAAUACAUGCUCCCUCCAGAUCAAAUGGGCUGUGCUCAUACGCCAGGCUUUAUGGCAUGGCAUCCUUACAAUCUCAGCGCGGAGUCAAGUGUUCAGGACAUACUCCCUUUCAAGCGACAGAACGGCAAUGGCACUAUCUUCUUCGAUGAUAGACCCUACAAUGAUCAACGCUAUUUAAGUGGCAGUGAGCAGUCUGGUCUCUUCAUCGCUGCCACUGGAUGGUCGCUGAUCGACCGGCUAUGCCCAGAUGAUGGGUCUCAAGGUUCAGUGGAAGGCAUCCUCGAUCACUUCAAUUCCUCAACAAUGCUGAAGUGCGAAGUGCACAAUGCAACGUACCAUACGGAGUUCUCAUUCGUUGAUGGCACGCAGCAGGUAACCGUGCACACAUCCCAUAUAAGCGAAGCAGCAGUUAUCGGUCAGCCAGGUGUUCAGAUACUUUCAGAGUCGCAAGAGAGCGCGCCCGGUGCAGCAUGCGAACCACCAACACAGAACGGUACUAUGCUAGCAGCACCACCCUGCUUCUUCGACGCCUCUCUUCUGAGAACGCUCUCCUACCAGGCCAUGAUGGACUCUCUAUCGGAGUUACUAUCAGGUCUGGUCUGUCGCCGGAACGAGUGGGACCUUGUUUUUGCGUCUAAUUCGUCCGUCGCCAACACAGUGCUCACAAGCACCCCGGAGCUGGACUUUCUCGAGGACUAUCGUACUGUAAGCCAUCCUGAUUCGCUUUUCGACCUCGCGCAGACUUGGUCUGAGCGGCCCUUCGCUGGCAUAGUCCAUCAAAUGUCACAACAUAGGAGACGAUCACUGAAGGAUGCGAUGGAAAGGCUGUUUAUCAACAUUACCAUCAGUCUGAUGAGUUCUCCGGAGUUGCAGUACAACACUUCCUCUGCAUUCUAUCCGCCGCCGACACAGGUAAAGUUCGAAAUGAGGAACGACAUUUAUGCAUACUCUCCACAAAAGCUUGCAUUGGCAUAUGGCGUCGCCAUAGGUGCUUCUGCCAUGAUUGUGGGCUUGGGGCUAGCCUCAGUCAUUGUCCGCAAAGCCUCGUUCAGCAACAACUUUUCGACAAUCUUCCGGCUGUCUCGGGGAGCUAGUACCGACACCGAUUUCGAUGACGACGAUCUUGAUGGUAGGGUUCCAUUGCCGGAGCGGAUUAGACAAGCGAAGGUCUCGUUUCGAGAUGUGGGCCAGACGAAACCACGGUCCGGAAAUUGUGAGGCACUCCGUGAACGUAGCGCAGAGGUCAUCAAUGUGCCGCUGCAUGUGAUUGUGUCGGAGCAGACGCUGUGUCCGGAUAAUGUGACUGAUGGGGGGAGGAGUAGCCAAUCGUGA